CGAGCUUCUUCCUUCCAGUCGAUUCGAUCCCGAUUGCUCAAAAAGAAAAAAAAAGUCGAUUCGAUCCCGAAUCGCAGGCCGCAGCUCGACCUCGGCGGCAGAGCCCUCGCCCGGGACUCCCGGCUCCGGCCGCAUAGGCGACGAAGGUAUGGGCGAUGGCGAAGCAGGAGGUGGAGGGCGUCCUCCAGGCGAGCGGCCCAGGCAGCAGCGCGCGUCCGCGCUGCCUGCAGCAGUGGCAGGUGGCGGCCGCAAGCGCCAGCGAGGCGGUGACUCCGGCGCGACGACUUCGCUGGGCCUGGGCGGCCGCUCCGGCGACGCAGAGACUCCAGCAGGCCUCGGCGCGAGCUCGGUGGCGUCGGCGCUAGCAGGCGGAACACGGAUAGAUGGAUCGAUUUCUUCAUCACUAGAUAAAAGAAGCAGCUCAACCUGCCGGCCGGAUGAUAAUUCUCACUGUGGCAACAAAAUAACAUAUUCAGUACCAGACAUUCCGGAGGACAUCUGGCGUCAUAUACAUUUCCUACUGCCAAUGCAAGAUGCUGCCCGUGCUGCCUGUGUGUCUCACUCCUUUCUAUGCUCCUGGAGAUGCUAUCCCAAUCUUAUCUUCACGGAAGAAACAAUGUGCUCCAAAGAAAAUUUACGUAAGAGAACAGUGGGAUCAAAUGGUAUACAAGACUACAACAACAAUAUCCACCACGUUUUAACAAACCACUCAGGCGCUGGCGUGAGGAAAUUCAGGCUUGAAUAUCAUGUUCCUUAUGAUGCAAAAUCAUAUCACCGUCUCAGUAGUUGGCUUCAGAUCGCUGUCACACCAAGUAUUGAAGAGCUCAACCUUGUAGUAUGGCCGAAAGAGACAACAUUUAUUUCGCAAAAAAGAAAGAAAAAGGCAACGUUUAACUUUCCAAUCACACUUCUGUCUGACAUGUGUAAAGGCUCAAUUCAGCAUCUUCACCUUGCCAAUGUGGACCUGCAUCCAACAUUUCAACUUGGUUUGAGAACCCUGAAAUCGCUGCAUCUGCAUGGCGUGAAUAUUACGGGGGACGAGUUAGGGUGCCUUCUAUCUAAUUCCUUUGCUUUGGCACACUUGAGACUUCAAUAUUGUCAUGACCUCAUUCGCCUGGAGAUACCUUGUCUGCUGCAGCGGCUUAGGUUCCUGGAGGUGCUUGAAUGUAGCCUUCAGGUGUUAGAGAUCAAUGCCCCAAAUAUCUCGAGAUCCCGCUUACUAGAUUUUAAUGUGAAACUCUCGCUUGGAAAGUCGCGGAAGAUGAAGUACCUGAUGUUGAACAAUAGCUGUGUCAUCAGUUAUGCUAUUGACAACCUUCCUUCCUGCGCGCCGAAAGUUGAGACUCUUACCAUACAUUCUAGUUAUGAGAUUAUUAAUGCACCAGUGGCAUCUGGCAGAUUUUGCCACCUCAAGAUCUUGAUUAUUUAUUUUUUUGGAUUCCAUUCUCAUCGGGACUAUGAUUAUUUAUCCUUGGUUUCUUUUUUUGACGCUUCUCCUUUGUUGGAGAAGUUUGUCUUGUUUGUAUCGCCAGUGCAGUCCAAGUAUGACUGGUUUGAGGGAGAUCCCACAUCUCUGAGACAAAUGUCAGAACACCGCCAUCGCAACCUCAAGAGUGUGAAGAUCAGUAGUUUCUGCCCCCAAAAAAGCAUGGUUGAGCUAGCACGUCAUAUUCUUGAGAAUGCAACAUCACUUGAGUGCCUUACAUUGGACACCACUCCUGCUAGCUACCGGUGUUCUGGUGAUAUACUGGACAGACAAUGCCCUCCACUGGAAACUGAAUGUAUAAGGGAUGCACAUAAAUCACUCUUGGCUGUGAGAACAUACAUCGACGGGAAAGUUCCCUCUACAGUCAAGUUAAACCUAAUAGGGCCUUGCACCCGGUGUUAUGCCCUGUGAAAUUCAGACGUCAAAUCAUCGUGCUUAUCCUAUUUUAAAUUAUGCAAGUUUAGCUGUGUUGUGCUUUGCCUUUUAAGUUCGUAUAUAUAGCUGUCUAGUGUUUGGGGGUCUGUGAUAGUACUCCCUCCGUUCGGAAUUACUUGUCGCAGAAAUGGAUGUAUGUAGACGUAUUUUAGUUCUAGAUACAUCCAUUUCUGAGACAAGUAAUUCCGAACGGAGGGAGUAGUUUCUUUUGACUUAUCAACAGACAAUCCAGUUUAUGUAAUAUUACUGUAUUCACAGGCCAGCAUAUUGUUGCGGAUCGAGUUUAUAUAUUUUUUGGCUUGCAGUCA